AUGGCGCUCCGCCUGCCGACUCAGCGCCUCUACGCCACCGAAGGCACGAACAAGGACGUGCUGGAGUGGACGUGUGCCGAGGUGGUUCGCCACCUGAAAGAGCGCACCGACCCGCCGGUCAACCAGUCCCUCCUCGACGGCUUCGACGUGCAGGAGAUCAAUGGCUUCGCGCUGGCGUCGGUGCGUCCGCCCACCCUGUUCCGUAUGAUCAAGGAGCAGGUGGAGCAGGGUCCGAGCGCCGACAAGAUCGAGGUCUCCGACCAGCUCCUCCAGGACACUCUCCUCGGCACCGCCACCUACUCUAUGCAGAGGCGAUGA